GACGCUUGAAGAAGCUGAAGAAAUAGAGUUCAUCUGGUGUGAGACUUCUAGAUAUCACCUGCUGGCUGCAGAGUGGGUGGAUUCAGCUUCCUUCUGGAGCCUGAGCAAAUCAUUUGAGGAAGAUAUUGCUUUCUGCUGCAUCCUAAAGACAAUAUGGAAGGGGAGAGCAUCUGUGAGGUUGAUUCUGGAGAUGGACUGGGAGCUGAUAUUAUUUCUACAGUUGAGUUCAACCACACUGGAGAACUGCUGGCUACUGGUGAUAAGGGGGGUCGAGUUGUUAUAUUCCAAAGGGAACCUGAGAGUAAAAAUGAGCCUUACAAUCAGGGGGAGUACAAUGUUUACAGCACUUUCCAGAGCCAUGAACCUGAAUUUGAUUAUUUGAAGAGCUUGGAGAUAGAAGAAAAAAUAAACAAGAUCAAGUGGUUACCACAGCAAAAUGCAGCUCACUCACUUCUAUCAACAAAUGAUAAAACAAUCAAAUUGUGGAAAAUUACUGAAAGAGAUAAGAGACCAGAGGGGUACAACUUAAAAGAUGAAGAAGGAAAACUUAAAGAUCUUUCUACAGUAACAUCACUGCAGGUGCCUGUAUUGAAACCCAUGGAUCUGAUGGUAGAAGUCACUCCCAGGAGGAUCUUUGCUAAUGGUCACACCUAUCAUGUCAACUCAAUAUCUGUCAACAGUGACUGUGAGACGUACAUGUCAGCGGAUGAUCUCAGGAUUAACCUCUGGCAUUUAGCUAUCACAGAUAGGAGCUUCAACAUUGUAGAUAUAAAGCCAGCCAAUAUGGAGGACCUGACAGAAGUGAUUACAGCCUCUGAGUUCCAUCCCCACCACUGCAAUCUCUUUGUCUACAGCAGCAGCAAAGGAUCCCUGAGACUCUGCGACAUGAGGGCGUCGGCUCUCUGUGACAAACAUUCCAAGCUUUAUGAAGAACCAGAAGACCCCAGUAACAGAUCAUUUUUUUCGGAAAUUAUCUCUUCAGUGUCAGAUGUCAAAUUCAGUCACAGUGGUAGAUACAUGCUUACAAGAGAUUACCUCACUGUCAAGGUUUGGGAUCUGAACAUGGAAACAAAGCCUGUAGAAACGUACCAGGUCCAUGAUUACCUUAGAAGCAAGUUAUGUUCCCUCUAUGAAAAUGACUGCAUCUUUGACAAGUUUGAAUGUGCAUGGAAUGGGUCAGACAGUGUGAUAAUGACAGGUGCAUAUAACAACUUUUUCCGAAUGUUUGACCGCAACACCAAGCGGGAUGUUACCCUGGAGGCUUCCCGGGAGAGCAGUAAGCCACGAGCCAUUCUGAAACCCCGCAGAGUCUGCGUUGGAGGCAAACGGAGGAAAGAUGACAUCAGUGUUGACAGUUUGGACUUUACUAAGAAGAUCUUGCACACAGCAUGGCACCCAACCGAGAACAUCAUUGCUAUAGCAGCGACAAACAAUCUGUACAUAUUUCAGGAUAAAGUGAACUCAGAAAUGCACUAGAUUUAUCAAUAUCCCUCUAUAUUUACAAACCAGCCUCUUGAGAGUUGUAGAAGGAUGUGAUCUUCACAAAAGUUGUGGCUUCUGUGGUGGGAUUUGUAGGUUGCAUCCUUUCAUCCCUCAGCCUGUAUCAUUAUUGGUGGCAAGCCAAUUAUUUUCCAUCACUGCAACUGUAUGAGUAAAAGGCACGAGUGCAAAUCCA